ACAGAAAAACUCCAGAUUCCAUUUUCUGGGGAUCAGAAAUCAGAAAUUGGGUUUUUGUUUUUUAAUGGGAACAGAACAAACGACGUCGGUGGAGAUAUCGGAGCCUCUGCUCCAGGAUGAAAAUGCAGUCGACAAAAUCCGGGGAGUCAAUGCCGAUGAUCAGGAAAUUGAACGGAUUCCAGAAUGGAAGGAGCAGAUUACGAUCAGAGGGCUGGUUGUCAGUGCUAUACUUGGAACACUUUUCUGUAUAAUUACACACAAGCUUAAUCUAACGGUCGGGAUCAUCCCUUCGCUCAACGUUGCCGCCGGUUUGCUCGGUUUCUUCUUCGUCAAAUCAUGGACCGAGGUUUCGGCCAAAUUGGGGUUUUCGGUUAAACCUUUUACUCGCCAAGAGAACACGGUUAUUCAAACGUGCGUUGUGGCUUGCUAUGGUCUCGCCUUCAGUGGGGGGUUCGGAUCUUACUUGCUUUCUAUGGAUGAAAAAACUUAUAAACUGAUUGGUGAAGAUUAUCCGGGUAAUCGGGCAGAGGAUGUGAAGAACCCUGGAUUGUUGUGGAUGAUGGGCUUUAUAUUUGUUGUCAGUUUCCUGGGACUCUUUAGUCUUGUUCCUCUUCGGAAGGUCAUGGUCUUGGAUUAUAAGUUGACCUACCCCAGUGGGACUGCAACUGCUAUGCUUAUCAAUAGCUUCCACACAAGCACUGGAGCUGAACUUGCCCGAAAUCAGGUAUCUUGUCUUGGAAAAUAUUUAAGCAUAAGUUUCUGCUGGAGCUGCUUUAAAUGGUUCUUUAGCGGGGUCGGCGAUUCGUGUGGAUUUGACAAUUUCCCAAGCCUUGGAUUGACACUGUUCAAGAAUACGUUCUAUUUUGACUUUAGUCCAACUUAUGUUGGCUGUGGGCUGAUUUGCCCUCACUUAGUCAAUUGUUCUGUUCUGUUUGGAGCUAUCGUAUCAUGGGGUUUUCUUUGGCCAUUCAUUUCACUGAAGGCAGGCGAUUGGUAUCCGUCUGGUCUUGGUAGCAAUGAUUUCAAAGGUCUCUAUGGAUACAAGGUCUUUAUAGCCAUUUCGCUUAUUCUUGGGGAUGGUCUUUACAAUUUGAUUAAGAUCAUAGCAGUAACUGUGAAGGAAGUAAGCACCAAGCGUCAAAGCCUUCCAAUCAUAAAGGAAGUUACAGAUGGUAACACCUCCAAGUUACUGGCGGAAGAAAAGAAGCGGGAUGAGGUUUUCCUCAGAGACGGAAUAUCCAACUGGUAUGCUGCUUCUGGAUAUAUCGGCUUGGCAGCAAUAUCAAUAGCUGUGAUGCCAAUGAUAUUUCCAGCUCUUAAGUGGUAUUUAGUCCUCUGUUCGUACCUAAUAGCCCCAGCCCUUGCCUUCUGCAACUCAUACGGUACUGGCCUAACGGACUGGAGCCUGGCUUCCACAUAUGGAAAGAUUGGACUUUUCAUUAUUGCCUCACUCGUAGGAAGCAAUGGUGGCGUUAUAGCUGGGCUGGCAGCUUGUGGGGUAAUGAUGUCAAUUGUCUCUACAGCUGCUGACUUAAUGCAAGAUUUCAAGACUGGUUACCUAACUAUGUCAUCGCCGAAGUCUAUGUUUGUGAGCCAAAUAGUCGGAACAGCCAUGGGCUGUGUGAUUGCACCUCUCACGUUUUGGAUGUAUUGGACUGCCUUUGACGUUGGAACACCCGACAGUCCAUACAAAGCACCGUAUGCUGUAAUAUACCGAGAAAUGGCUAUUUUGGGUGUUGAGGGCUUCUCUGAACUUCCAAAGCAUUGCCUUGCUCUGUGUUGUGGCUUCUUUGUGGCUGCACUGGCUGUAAACCUUUUGAGAGAUGUAACCCCGAAAAAGGUUUCUCAGUUCAUUCCUAUUCCAAUGGCAAUGGCAGUGCCUUUCUACAUUGGAGCUUACUUUGCGAUUGACAUGUUUGUUGGUACUGUGAUAUUGUUCGUUUGGGAGCGGAUAAAUAGGAAGAGCUCAGAAGAUUAUGCAGGUGCUGUUGCCUCGGGUUUGAUUUGCGGUGACGGAAUAUGGACAAUACCAUCAGCCAUUCUGUCCAUCUUCAGGAUUAAUCCGCCUAUCUGCAUGUACUUUGGGCCGUCUGUAAGCACCUGAGCAAGUAAGCAUCUCUUCAUUGUAAUUUGUAAUUCCAAUUCUCAAGUUUCUUGAACAGAAAAUAUCUGGUCUGUGAAUAUGUAAUAUUUUCAAAAUGUACUUAUUGAUUCAUUGCAUACUCUUUUUAGACAUCGGUGUUUUAUAAGGAGCAUGUUUUCAUA